AUGAACCAAUCUAGCUAUAGUAUGAAGAUUGAAUUUGGCAGUCUAGUUCGAGGGAGUGAUAAAGAUAAAGAGGGUCAAAAUUAUCAAUCUGAAAUUAAGUCCAUGAUGUAUGCUUGUGGUGACGUUAGAAACCCUAAUAAGGCGUCUAGUAUUUAUUUAGAGCAGAUUGUGUAUGCACAUAUCAAAACACUUUUAGAUAAGAGCUACGAGAUAUCACGGCUACGAGGAAGUAAGCAGGUGGGUAUAGAGGAUAUUGUCUUUGUGCUACGCCGCAACCCAUGCCGAGUUAAGAAGCUAUCAAAUUACAUUGUUUUCAAAGACGUACGUAAUCGUGUUAACAAGGAAGUGGUUGCUUUGAAUGCCGCUAAAGAGGCCAAAUUAAGCUAUAGCUGGCUGCCCCGGAAUAUUUAUGAUAAGGCCAACGAACUAAAAGACCGACUCUAUGCCAUUGAUCGGAUGACUGAAAACAUGUCCAAAGAAGAGUAUUUAGACUUCACUGAAUGUCGCCAGGCUUCGUUUACCUUUCGCAAGAUCAAGCGGUUUAAGGACUUUUUGGGGACAGAUUAUAAGCUAAAAGACGAAGUGGUAGAUAUCCUGGGCUUUGUUGCCUGUGAGGUUAUCUUUGAUAUUGUCAGUAUAGCGAGUGAGAUCAGUGCUCGCAAGAACAAAGGCCAGAGUGAGCAAGCCCCGGUUGAAGGAAUGUUCAAAGAGAAGUCCAUGAAAGUCCCUAUCACUAUCCCGGACAUUGACGAGGCCUGUCGCCUGCUCAAAGAACAAGGAGUGAUCUACUAG